AUGAGCGAUAUCAACGAAACGAUUAAAUCGUUCAGACAGCGUGAAAAGGUGGUAGUGAUGUACUCCAGAAUGGAGAAGCUGGCCAAGAUCUCGAACUAUAUGCCGUGUCGGAUGUUACGAUGUGUCUGCCAUGGAUGGAUUUGUGAUGAGAAAACUAAAAAAGCAUGGAUGAAUUCUCAUUGUGCUAAUGAAGAUUGUAAACAUGAAUUAUAUGACCAUGUCUCACAUUUGGUAAAUGCUUCGGAGAAUAUGUUAAAUGCUUUGAUAAGAUUAAUAAAUGAUUUUGAAAACAUAAGAGACGAAAUAGAAUAUCUAUCAAUGUUGCCUACUGAUGAUGAAAGAGAUUUUUUACUAAAGAAAUGUAAAGAUUUCAUAUAUCAUGAAAUAAAGAAUUUUAUUAGUCCUGAUUCUUUAAUUUCAUACAAAGAUUCAAUUGAAACACCGCCAUUCGAGUCUCCAACUAUAGUUGAGAUUUUAAAGAACUUUUGCUUGUAUAAGUUCUUACCUAAUCUCUAUCAUUUAAAAGUUGCAUUUAAAAUCACUAAAAUUAUCUUGAAAAAUUUUGAUCAAUGGAUAUGGUAUAUGCCUGAGGAGCUUCUAUAUUUUAAUAAAUUACAAUACAACAACAGUUAUGACUAUUAUUAUCAGAGGUACAGACAGAAUUGUCUUACACUUAAUGCUGUUCAAUCAAUAGUGAAACCAAGUUAUACAAGCAGUAUGAUAUUUGGACAGGAUGUUUUAAGAUACACUCUAAAAGUAUUUAGAAUAUCUUUCACCAAGUGGUGUCUGAAUGAAUCUGAAAAUUGUAGCUUCAGUAAAAAAUGCUUAUUCAUCAAAAUUUUGCCAAAGUUUUUGGAUUUACUAGAACAAGAAGUGUAUACUGUCGAUUCACCAAUAUGGAACCUAAAUUAUAUGAAUACCUCUUUACCAAAAAGAGUGUUAGAUAAUUUAAACUCAAAAUUAAAUGAAUUGAUCCAAAAUCAAUUAAAUGCAGCUAUAAUGAAUUCCAAAAAACAGGGAAGAAUAUACAAAAACCGCUUAAUAGAUGGAGUUGUAUUACAAAUAUCAGAUGAAAAAUAUAAUAACAAUUGUGUAUUAAUGGACAACCUUUUGAAUACGUUUGAAAAUAUUUAUAUUGAUAUUGGUCCCAGCACAUCUUUAAAGGGAUUUAUAACAGACCAGAAUAAAUAUCAAACUCAAGCAAACGGCUUAGGAAUAGAAAUGAUAGUAUUUGAUUGUGAGUCAAAUUUUACAAAAUGUGUGUUAUGCCGCAAAGAGUUAAGAAAUAUGUACCAUACUCGGUUGCCGAGGCUUCCAGAUAUGUAUAUUGCAAGAUUGGAAACAGAUAAACAAAUACAAACAUUGGCUAUGUUGGAAGACGGUGUUCCUGUUGGUGGUAUAUAUUUCUGCACAUUCAACUCUCAAGGUUUUACUGAAAUAAUAUUAUGCAUGUUCAAAGUCGAUUUACAUGUUAAUGGAUAUGAAUCGUGUUUAAUGAAUUAUUUAAAGGACUAUCAUAUUCAACAUAAAAUAUGGAAUUUACUGGUUUAUGCUGAUAAAGAAACAUUUGAAUAUUUUAAAAGUCAAAAGUUUAGUUCAGAAGUGAAAAUCUCAAAGACAAAAUAUAAUAAAUAUAUAACACAUUAUGAAGAUUCCAAGUUGAUGUAUUGCAAUCUAAAGAAGAAGUGAAUAAUAGCUUAAAUUAUUAUAUUAUAUAGGUAGGUGUAGGAAAAUAAUUCUAAUGAAUAAAAUACAUCUCUCCCAAUCAAACUCUCUUUCCCCUUA